AUGUGGAAGGUCGGCAACAUCUACGUGAUCACAGCCGUCGCCGUCAUUGGCGGCGGUCUGUUUGGCUUCGACAUCUCAUCCAUGAGCGCCGUCAUUGGCACUCGCGCUUACCUCUGCUACUUCAACCAAGGUCCACGAGGUCCACCCUACAACAAUGAUCUUGAGUGCUCUGGCCCCACCGCCUCUGUCCAAGGUGGCAUCACCGCCGCCAUGCCUGCGGGCUCCUGGCUCGGCGCACUCGUGUCUGGCUACCUGUCUGAUAUCUUCGGCCGCAAGAAGAGUAUCAUGAUUGGCUGUGUCAUCUGGGUCAUUGGCUCCACCAUCAUCUGCGCUUCUCAGAACAUCGGCAUGCUCAUCGCUGGUCGUAUCAUCAACGGGUUCUGUGUUGGUAUCGAGUCCGCUCAGGUGCCUGUGUACGUGUCUGAGAUCGCACCACCUUCCAAGAGAGGCCGACUCGUGGCCUUCCAACAAUGGGCCAUCACCUGGGGCAUCCUCAUCCUUUACUACAUCUCCUACGGCGCUUCCUUCAUCGGCGGUCAAGAUUCGACCAACUACAGCACCACCGUCUUCCGCCUACCAUGGGGUCUUCAGAUGCUGCCCGCCGUCCUCCUCUUCUGCGCCAUGUUCUUUCUCCCCGAGUCGCCUCGUUGGCUGGCACGCAAGGACCGCUGGGAGGACUGCCACGCUGUUCUCACCUUGGUGCAUGGCAAAGGCAACCCGGACAGCCCACUCGUCAGGCAAGAGCUUAGCGACAUCCGCGAGAUGGCAGAGUUCGAGGCACGCAACAAGGAUGUCACGUACUGGGAGCUGUUCACGCCCAAGUACAUCAAUCGCACCCACAUCGGAGUUUUCACUCAGAUUUGGUCGCAGUUGACGGGCAUGAAUGUCAUGAUGUACUACAUUACCUACGUCUUCGCCAUGGCAGGCUAUGAGGGCAACGCCAACCUUCUUGCCUCCUCGAUCCAGUACAUUAUCAAUGUCCUCAUGACCGUCCCGGCGCUGAUCUGGCUUGAUCGAUGGGGACGACGUCCGACCCUCAUCAUCGGCGCGGCCUUGAUGACAACCUGGAUGUUCGCCAAUGCUGGCAUUCUCGCGACGCACGGUGAGGUCGUGCCCGGCGGUCUGAACGGUGUUGCGGCUGUCAGUAUGAGGUUGAGCGGAGCUCCUGCCAAAGGCUUGAUCGCCUGCACAUACCUGUUCGUGGCCAGCUUUGCUCCGACUUGGGGUCCUGUGUCUUGGGUGUAUCCUCCAGAGCUGUUUCCUCUUCGCGUUCGUGGCAAAGCAGUCGCAUUCUCCACCUCUGCAAACUGGGCCUUCAACACCGCCCUCGGUGCCUUCGUCCCGCCAUCAUUCGUCAACAUCCGCUGGAAGACAUACAUCGUCUUCGGUGUCUUUGGUCUUUGCAUGCUCAUCCACACCAUCUUCAUGUUCCCCGAAACCGCUGGCAAGACCCUCGAAGAAAUCGAGCUCAUCUUCGAAGACCCGAACGGCAUUCCGUACAUCGGUACCCCGGCUUGGAAGACGAAGGUCGACUACAGCAAGGCACGAGCUAUCGAGCGUGGCGAGCUCACGCGCGAGGGCAAGCUGCAUCAUGAUGAUCAGAGUCCGGUGAGAGUCACCGAGGAGCCGAAGAGGCAGGAGAGCGUCUAA